GGAAGGGCGUCACUUCUACUUCCGGUUGGAGUGCUGAUCUUGGCGCCAGGCGGACAGCAGGAGAGGUAGAGUGGCUGGGUGGGCAUAAGUGGUUCCAGGCCUGAGCCCCAGGACCCGCCUCUGAGUGGCGUGGAGCCGGCGGUUGUGCUCCACAGAGCGGCGGUUAGACGCUUGGCGGCUUGCGGUUGCACCCCGGGAAGAGGGAACGGCUUCCACGAAGCCAAGCUGUCUGAGGUAACCUGGAAGCGACUUCCCCUUCGGCGCCGGCUCCGGAGCCGCCGAGAGACGCCUGUCACUGCUCGCGGCCGCUGCAAGGCAGCUGGGGCCGUUUCGGAGCCUGUCGGCCAGACCACCCCGGGCGAGGCCCGACGUCAGGCUCCUGAGGCCGCUCUGCACCCUUGCGCGGGUGGCGCCCGGGCCCGCGCGGCUGAAACCCGCUCGGACACUGCCUGCAGGCCCAGUGCUCGCGGACGCGCCCCGAGUCGUGUCCACUUUCCCGCCUCCGCCGGCGUUUCUUUUACUGGCUGAUGUGACCGCGGGAGAAACGAGAGUCCUCGCCUCAGAGAUGAGCCUCUGUGAUGCAAAAGUUCGUUAAGUGUCCCCCGUGCCCCCUGAGCCGAGUGGGCAUAGAGAGCCGGCCUUUUGUAGGCGUCCGGCUUCCUGGGCAGAAUUUCUGUGCCAUUUCUGCUGGGUCACCUCAGGGAAAUUGAGAUACACGAGGCCUCGCUCAGAGGUCUAAAUGACCCUUGGAAAAGCUGAAAGUAAUCAUCACCAACUCACAUGCUCUCCUUUUUUAUCUGCUUGACAUUUGGAUAAACAUUUUGUGAACAAGGGUCACCUGUAAUUUUUCCUAGAUCAAAAUACACGUAUAAAUCUUCUGUAUAGUUUUCUUUACACAUCUUGGAAAGAAAUGCCAAGAUGAAUGUUUUCAGUUAGUUGGUUUCUUGUGGGGAGCCUUUUUUUUUUUUUUGCUUUACUUUGGGGAAUAUGAGAUCUGAAUUCUCUGAACAGGGAUCAAACCCUUGCCCCCUGCACUGGAAGUGCGGUUUCUUAAUCACUGGACCCACAGGAGACUCCCUUGGGAGAUGCUUUUUUCAAGAAAAUAAGGCUCCAAUUUUCCUAAUUACUUUCCUUCUACUCUGGUCUCAUAGUUUCAGCUCUCCUGGCAGUAAUCACAAUGGAAAGUAGCACCUCAAAUGGUCCAGGAAGUGAAGGUUUCCAUCUCAAAAGGAUGAAGGGUAAUACAAGUGUACCCACUUACCAAAGACAGAAGACUAGGAUGAUAUGUUGACAUUUUAAGAGAAACUCAAGAAUAUUCUCCUAAUCUUUCCUUGACAUGGAGAGGAUGGCAUAAGAAGUGCAUGAGUUAAAUAUUUGGAUAAUCCCAAAACUCGUGGGAGCCAGUGGGUACUAGGUUUUUCACCUGCUAACCUUUCCUGAUUUUUUUUUUUUUUGGAGGAGAAGUGACUUAUUGGAAUUUGUCUUUAGUAAGCUGUCUGUGUUCAGUUGGUUAAUAGAAAAGGAGCAAAACACAGUCCUGGCAGUUGAUUUUUAAAGUUCAUUUUUCUUAUAAUAAGUAGCAAGUAAUGAAGUUCAUGUGACAAUAUCUUACUGACAUGAGCUUGUUUCUGCUCUCAGUGCCUUAGGAAGAAGAUCCUUUUAUUGAUUUUAUUCAAAACCAGAUCGGGCCUCAGUUGUGAGAGGUAGCCACUGGUGGGGUGUCUAAUACAGGAGCAGAAUUGUUCCUGGAGAAGAAUGAUGACAGUAGAUCUGAAGGUGACUGACUUCUUGAACCCUCAGAUCAGAGCUCUUUGGGAGACCAAGGGACCUGUGGCAGAGAACGCCAGUCAGCAUAAGAAACAUGCCCCACAGACGGACAGUCUCAGUCCUGAGAGGUCUCACCAGCUUUUCCGGAACUUCCUCUAUCAUGAAGCAGCUGGACCCCGGGAGGUGGUUGACCAGCUUCAAGAAUUAUGUCGUCGGUGGCUGAGGCCAGAUAUCCAUUCAAAAGAGCAGAUCUUGGAACUUGUGGUGCUAGAGCAGUUCCUGACCAUUCUGCCCGGGGACACCCGGACUCUCAUAAAGAAGCACCAUCCACAGAGCAUCGAGGAGGCUGUGGUCCUCGUAGAACACUUGCAAAGGGAAACUGGCCAAACAAGGAAUGGGGUUGCAGUCCAGGAGCUGGGAAAGGAGGCAGUGCUCUUGGGAGAAGCAGCAGAGGCCCCAGGCUUCCAGCUGAAGCCAGCAGAGUCCCAGCCAGUGGGCAUGUCCCUGGAGGAAGAAGUUUGGAAUAUACAGCAGGGUCUACAAGAGCCACUGAGCAGGAAUACCCACCAAGAACCUGAGCCCGUAUGUGAGAGGGUGGUGCCUGCUCACCGGAUCCUAGCCUUUCCUGAGCAGACAGACACCAAAGACUGGACAGUGGCACCUGAGCUUGUCUUGCCUGAGUCCCAGAGCUUGUUGACAUUUGAAGAAGUGGCCAUGUAUUUUUCCCAGGAAGAAUGGGAGUUACUGGAUCCCACUCAGAAGGCCCUCUACAAUGAUGUAAUGCAAGAAAACUAUGAGACUGUCAUCUCUCUAGCUGUGCCUGCUCACCAGCUCCUAGCCUUUCCUGAGCAGACAGAUACCAGUGAGUGGACAGUGGCACCUGAGCUCAUUCUGCCUGAGUCCCAGAGCUUGUUGACAUUUGAAGAAGUGGCCAUGUAUUUUUCCCAGGAAGAAUGGGAGUUACUGGAUCCCACUCAGAAGGCCCUCUACAAUGACGUAAUGCAGGAAAACUAUGAGACUGUCAUCUCUCUAGCAUUAUUUGUGCUCCCCAAACCUAAAGUCAUCUCCUGUCUAGAGCAAGGAGAAGAGCCAUGGGUUCAAAGACCCCUGGAGUUCAAGGACAGUUCUGAAGAGCUGCCUACAGGGCUGAAGCUUAAAAAUGACACUGAAAAUAUUCAGUCUCUAUGUCUUUCUGAUGUGGAAAUACAAGCACCAGUAGCUAUAGCAUCAAGAAAGGCCAGAUUGAAAUUUCCCCAGAAAACAAUUGGCAAAGAAAAUCAUGGUGAUGUGCAUAGGGUGGGGAAAUUGCACCGAGAUUUUCCGGUGAAGAAAAAAAAGAAACUUUCAACCUGGAAACAAGAGCUGCUGAAACUUAUGGAUCUUCAGAAGAAAGAACGUGCAGCAGAGAGGCCUUUUAAGUGCCAGGAAUGUGGGAAAAGCUUCAGAGUUAGCUCUGACCUCAUUAAGCACCAGAGAGUUCACACAGAAGAGAAACCAUAUAAAUGUCAACAAUGUGAUAAGAGGUUUAGGUGGAGCUCAGAUCUUAAUAAGCACUUAACAACACACCAAGGAAUAAAACCAUAUAAAUGCUCAUGGUGUGGGAAAGGCUUCAGUCAAAAGACAAAUCUCCACACACACCAAAGAACUCACACUGGAGAGAAGCCCUUUACUUGUCAUGAAUGUGGGAAAAAAUUCAAUCAAAAUUGCCACCUUAUUAAACAUCGGAGAACUCACACAGGUGAGCAGCCUUACACCUGUAGCACGUGCAGGAGAAACUUCAGCAGACGCUCAAGCCUUCUUAGACACCAGAAACUCCACCAGUAAAGGGAAGUUUGUUCAGUGUCCUCAGUCUAAAGAAAUUUAUCAAGUGGAGCUUGACUUUAAAGUUAAGAAAAAUACAAAAUUAUGAAGCAUGAAGAAUUUUUCAUCAGGAAACUUUGAGAUAUAAACAUGUUUCAUAGAAGGAAUCAAGGUUCAGUCUUCAAAAGAUUUGUUAGUAGUUGCACUACUUGCUGUUUUUACUAAAAGCUUCCAGGGAAUUCCUUAGCAGGAGAGGUGUUCUAAGAACAUUCUGAGUAAAGCAAAAAGCUGUUUGGGGCUUGUAUAUAGCAAAACAGCAAAUUCAGCUUUGCAUAGCAGAUACAGCUAUGAAAUAAUCUUCUUUGGCCACAGAGGUAAAUAUUGUUGGUUUGCAUUAAUUUUCCAAGGCACUCAAACUUAAUAUGAUGGAAACAUUUGUAUUAUAGCAUGAUCUUCCAAAACGAAAAGCAAUAAUAUGCAUGUUAAGUUGCAUACCAUUGUCUUCCAGGUUUGCCAGUUUCCAUAAUCUCAUGGGCAGAAAUGAAUUCUAAUGUAAAACUUUUGAAGAACCAAAUUGUAUUUUCUUAACUGUCCCAUCAUUGGGUGUUAUUCACAAAUUUGGACAUUGAGCACCUUGUUUAACUUUUUAGCAAAUUCAGCUCUUGAAUCCUAUUAGUACAGUUUUUACUCAGAUGAAAUAUUUUCUUCAGCAAUAUCAAUUCUGUCUAGAUGAAGUAAUCACUAUUUUAUGCCUCUCUGCCUGUGAAUUAAUCACUAUUAUGCCUCUUAAAAAGGGAGAGCACCUCUAAGAAGGAGAUAAAAUGGAAACCGGUUGGAAUCUUUAGUCAUGUAAAGAAGAACUUUUUGCAGUAAAAGAAACUAGACUCUUUAUAUCACAAUAUCAAUAGGAUAAAACAGCCAUGAAAAUGAGCACUUUUUUCCAAGGUCUAAAUGGAAAUUAAUGGGAAUUCAGGAUCAUCUUCUCAGGUUUUUAUCUGUUUGCAUUUUAAUUUGGUUUUUGUUUCUUGUUAAGAACAAGGAGAAAGUUACAUUUGUGUGGGAACUAGAGUGUUUUCUGCACCAGGAUCUUGUGGCUCCCUGGGCAUGUUAUUCUGGGAAUCCAGUGAGCUGGAGACCAAGUUCCCAAAAGGGGAACUAAUGCUGGGUGGCAGGCAAGGAUGAACAAAUGCACCUCUACAUUGGUUAACUUACACUGUAACUGUUAAGCAGGCAAGGGCAUCCUACUUCUGUUUUCUCCAUCCUUACAGGUAACAGCCUUAGGUUAGGAAUUUGAUAGACUGCUAGAAAUCUCCUGAGGUUGUGAGUUUUCUUGUAACUCCCCCUUUUAUCUGCUCAAUGAUGCAGGUAUGUUCCUGGUAGAGCAUUUAGGUGUAAUCAGGAAGGAGUUAAAUUCUCUCUCUCAAAUCUCUGACUUUAUAAAGUAAGGAAAUUAGGCUUAAAGAGAUCCAGAGGCUUGUUACAACCACAUAGUUAGUGGGUCUGUGAGCUGUCACUUAGCUGCAUCAGUCAGGCCUGAAGGCAGGAUCAGCAGGACUGAUCUAUAUGUUGUUCUGGUCCAGCCAGCCUGGAUGAUAUUGUUCCUAGCUAGUAAAACAUGCCUGUUUCUUGAUUGGUUACUGACACAUUCUUAAAUCUCCAUUUUCUCUGUGAAAUAGAGAUAAUGCUUAACUCAGGGUUCUCUGGGGAUUAGAGGGAUUGAUGAAGGAAAAGCACCUGAUAAUCUGACUGAUAGUGGGGUCUCAGACACUGUGCGCAUCCUUCUCUUUCCUCUGAUCCACAGUGGUGUGUUGGGUAGACUGACCACAUUGAAGGAGCAGAUCCAUUUGUGGCUGUUGCAGCUUCUUCCAGGAGCUGAGCACUUACUGUGGUGGUGGUUUGCUCAGUUGAUUUGUUCCUUGGCUUCAGUGCUUUAUGGUGUAAGCCACCUGACCUGUUGAUGUGUCUUUCUCAGCAGAAUUUCAUUAUCUUCCCUAAGAUGAACUCUAGCAAGUAUUAUUUCCUAAGUGCAGGUAGCUUUGCAGCUCUGGUCUGUAUGGAUCUUAUUGAACAUCCUUGGUCUUAAACCCCUGGGACUCUUGUCUCUUCUCCCAGUAUAUACAAGUUUGGAUUUCUUGCUGGUGCUACAUUCAUUCAUUCAAGUUAAUGAAAUCCUGUUAUGCGCCCAGGUACUCUUCUAAAGUAAGGAUACAGUAGUGGACAAGGAUACAAAAUGCAUAUCCUCAUGGACCUUGUAUCCUAGUGAACAAAAAGAAGGGACUGGUUAGCUGUUUUUGUUUCUUGCAGUUAGGGUCCAGAGAGUUUUGAGCAGUGGGUUGUGUGCAGAGGUCUCACUUCUUGGCUGAAACAUUUAUUUGUUGGUGCAGGACCCUAAUGCUGUCUUUUCCUGCCUCAGCCAUGUAAGCUUAUAGAGAGAGGAGACAAAAUUCAGAACAGUCUGGAAUGCCGAGCACCCAACAUUGGGGAGCAGUACCUGUUCUGGAGAGUUCCCUAGACCUGUAAUGGACUUUGUAGGAAGGAUUAAUAAACUUUUGUUGUGUUAAAACACUGGGAUGUUGGUGCUGUGUGCUUCUGCAGCAUAACCUGGCCUGUCUUGUUGGAAACAUUAGAACAGAUCCAGCACUUGCUGGAUGGCACAUGUAACCCAGUAGGUUUGACAGUCUUCUUGAAACAGGAGAAAUGUGAGCCUUAGAAUGAAGCCAGCACCACAGCAGACAGCGCAGGGUGAUAAAUACUCAGGUUUUAGAGACACCAUUGAGCUGUAGGAUCAAGCAUCACCUGAUACCUAGAAUUGCACUGGACUUUUCAGCUACAUAAAUCUAUACAUUUCUUAUUAUUUAAGCCAGUGUGAUUGGCAUUUCUGUUCAUUGUAACUGAAAUAAUUCUAAUAUAGAGAGCAAUAACUGAUUUAAGAUAAUAUAUGUAGGAGAGGAACAGUGUUCUUAUAUAUAUACUUAUUUAAUUCUUUCAUUAUGAAAUUUAUCAAAAUAUCUAAAGUAGAGAAAAUAAUAUGACCCUUAUAUAGGCUUUAACAAUUUUGCCAGUUUUUACAUUUACCUACUCCAGUGUUUUGUUUUUAUUUUGUUUGGGAUGGGUGUGUUUUGGAAUAUUUGAAUAUUUGGAAUAUUUCGUUUUAGAAUAUUUGAAGCCAAUCUCAGACAUUAUGACAUUUCAUGCAUAAACAGUUUCUUUGUUAGAGAUAAAGAAUCCUAGAUAGUCUCUGCCCUAAUCCGUCUAUGAGAAAGAAUUCCCAGUCAACAGAGGCUGUCUCCACAUGGCACAGGCUUAACUGAGAACAUGGGAGCUGUCUUUUCUUCCCUCAGAGGGCUACCAGAACUUGACCAACAGCUUCUCAAUAUGACUCUCUAAGAGGACCCUCUUGGUCUCCUCCACACCCCACGGUAUUCAUUUAUGAGAACCAACAGGCAGCCCUAAUGCCUCAUAAUUAUAAGGGUGGUCCACAAGGAAUCCUAGAUUCCUGUAGUGAUCACUUGAGCAACUUAUUAAAAAUUGAAACUUCAUGAUCAACUGCUAACUUUUAACAAGCCCCAGUGAUUUACUCAUUAAGAGUUCAGUAGUAAUAGUUAAUUGUUGGUUUCCUAGAAGCCAUCAAAGAACAAAAUAAUUGUAAUUACUCUUUAACAUUUUCAUAUGGGACAUUUACCCUGAAGCUCAAAAAGUGCCCUCAUUUACCUACUUUUCAUUGGUGUUCUUUUUUUCUUGAAAUAAUGUGUAAAUGAAUACUAAAAAUACUAUAGUAAAAAUGCUUUUUACUAUAAUUUGUAAUCUACUUCCUUCUAAGCAUUCCUGUUUGAUUGUAUUUUUUACAAUUAGCAUUUAACCAUAACAUUUCAAUAACUGCUAAGAUGAAAAAUGAAGUGGAUAUUUAAUAUUCCUAUUCUAGUUUCCUCCUUAUUUGGUACGAUACAUUCUCUUAAUGAAGUUUCUCUCCUUUUUCUGUGGUUGGUGUCCACUUGUUCCCUUGAUCCCCUUUCUGUUGUUCUAAGGUUGUUAUUCUGUGCUUCAGCAGUCAGUGUUCUAAUAGUCAAGAAGUGUGGUGCAAACUACUUUGACAGAUGCCUUCAUGGCCAGUUCAGCUUACCUUACUUUAUAACUAUUGACUUAAUCAACAAAGUGUUCUUUGCAACCAGUCCUGGUGCCAUAAGCUAGGAUUUAUCACCUUUAAUUCCCAAAUUGAUGUAUUAACCGUGCUGCCAAAAACUAGUUCUGUCUUUAUCUCUGCCUGUGGAUGUUUGCUCCCUAAAACUGUUGGAGAGAUAUGUACUGUGAAUGUUCAUUUAUUCAUUCAACAUCAGAUAUUGAUAUAGAGCACUUAUGUGCCAGGAGCACUGUUUUAGGUGCUGAGAUUUUAUGUUUAUGAACAUUUUUGGUUUUGCAUUUUUGCUUCUAAAGAAUGCUGGAUUGGGGAUAAAGUGGGCAUUCUUUAGGCUCCUUCUCCAUGGUUUAAACAACUUGUAUAAUAUUUGUUGUAUUCAUUUGUUUGGCACUUUGGCUUUCCAUGGUCAGUUUCCCACUCUCCCUUACCUUCUAGACCAACCACAGCUUCCCGAAAACAGAAUAGGAAAAACACAACUCUACUGUCUUACAUACCUUAAUGUUUUGUUAGUUUUUUUUAAUGUGGUUGGGUUGAUUUAAGCUCUUUACAUUUUGAGAGUGAAUUUGCACAAUUUGGAGAGCAUCUCCAAUAAUUUUUAAGAAAAUAUUAUAAGUAGAGACAUAAUUAGAGCAUUAGAGCAGAAAUAAGAAAUCUAGAUACAUUCUCAGUAAGUCAUGAAGACAGAAAGCCAACUCCUAUGAAAAGUUGGGCACUUUAGUAUAUCACCAAUUAUAUCCUACUUGCCAAAAGAGUAUUUUUAAAGCUUGUGUCAAGUUUUUAUAACUACAAACCCCCAAAUGAUGAGAAACAUCAUCUCAGGAAGCAUUACUUGACACUAAAGAAACUCAGUGGUAGAGAGAUUAUUAUUGAAGAAUUUGAGUAGACAUUUCUCACAAUAAGAUAUACAACUGGCCAGUCAGCAUAUAAACAGGCAUUCAAAAUCAUUAGCCUUCAGGGAAAUUCAAAUCAAAAUCACACUGAGUGAGUUCCCUGGCAAUUCAGUGGUUAAGGCUCUGUGCUGUCACUACCAAGGGCCCAGGUUUGAUCCCUAAUUGGGAAAAUAAAAUCUCACAGUUCACCAAAGAAACAGAAAAACAUUGAGAUACCACUUAACCUCCCCUAAUAUGGCUAUAAUCAAGAUUAAUACAUGUUAUCAAGGAUGUGAAGAAAUUAGAACCCUCAUACACUGCUUGUGGAAAUUUAAAUUGUACAGCCAUUGAAGAAAACAUUUGACCAGUAACUUCAAAAGUUAAACAUAGAAUUUCCAUUUGUCCCAGCAAUACAGCUGUUAAGCAUUGUAUAUACCCAAGAGAAAUGAAAUCUUAUGUCCACAAAAAACCUUAUAUAUGAAUAUACAUAGCAGCAUUAUUCACAGUAGCCCUGAAGUAGAAAGGGCCCCUAAAUCUACCAACUGAUAAAUGGAUAAAAAAUGUUAUAGUUGUACAAUGGGAUAUUAUUAGCAAUAUAAGAAUAAUGGAAAUAUGAUACAUGCUAUAACAUGGAUGAAUGUUGAAAACAUGCUAAGUGAAAGUAGUUAGACAUAAAAGUUCACAUGUACUACAUAUCAAGAAUAGACAAAUCUUUAGAGAGCAAAAGUGAAUUAGUAUUUUCCAGGAACUGGAAGCUGCAGGGGGUCGAGUUUGCUAAAGAUACGGGGCUUUUUCAGGGGAUGAUGAAAAUGUUCUGAAAUUAGUGAUGAUGAAAUGUAAAUAUACUAAUAAACUGAUGAAUUAAAUACUUCAAA